AUGGGCGCGAUCGAUGUAUCUGUUGUGCAGAGUACGACGGGCACCUAUGUCGGCAACAACUUCACGGCGGCUGUGUCCUCAUCCAGCAAAGCAACGGGCAAGGCGUCCAUGGAUGGCGGGCUCGUUGUUCAAUGGGAUCUAGAGGAGAGCGUGCUGGAUCAUGCAUUCCAGUGCCUGGGCAUCAACACGGAGACGGUGGACCAUCCCAUCGUCAUGACAGAGGCCUUGUGCAACCCAAACGUCUCUCGCGCACACAUGUCUGAGCUGCUGUUUGAAGCGUAUGGCUGCCCGCGUGUUGCGUAUGGCGUCGAUGCGCUCUUCAGCCACUACUACAACCGCCCACAGCACGCGCAACAUGGCACUUCGCUGAUUGUCAGUGCUGGCCACCACGCAUCGUACAUCAUCCCCGUCAUUGGCGGGCGCGUCGACCCAACGCACGCACGCCGCGUCGAUGUUGGCGGUGCGCACGUGCUCGAGUAUUCGCGCUCGCUUCUCAUGGCGCGGUAUCCGUCGCUCGAGGCAGACUUCACCCCGCCCAUGGUCCAGGCCAUCGUGCACCGGGUUGGCGCGUGUGCCGGCGACUACACCGCCACCAUCCGCCGCCUCGCCGACCGCAACGAGCGCGAUGCACACGCGGCCCGCCUGCAACUGCCCGUCGACCCAUCGCACGUGCCGACGGAGGAGGAUUUGUUGCGUCAGCAGCAGCUGCGGGAGGAGCGGGCAGCACGCAUGCGCCGUAUGCUCAAGCAGCGGGACGAAAAGAGGCUGGCAGAGAACAAGCAGCGGCUUGCAAUGCUCAAGGAGCUCCAAGAACAUCUCGAAGAGCUCGAAGACGAAGAGGAAACAAACACGGUGCUUGCGCACUACAACUUUGAUUCCACCAAGGCGCUGGUGCGUGAGAUGCAUGAGCUGAAGCGGAAAGUGCGAACAAUCGAGCGGCGAUUGCAGGACCCGAACAAGGAGCACAAUGGCAAUGACGAUGAUGACGACGAUGACGACGACGAUGAAGAGGAGGAGGAGGAGGAGGAUGGCAACGAGGAAGAGGACAAGUACUACUUGCUGUCGCGUUCCGUUGACGAAUUGACGCCCGAGGAGCGCUCUCUCCGCAAGAAACAGCUCUUCCUCAAGAACAUGGCUGAGGCGCGCGAGAAAAUGAAGAUUGAGCGACAGGAGCAGAAACGCAUCCAGGCGGAAGAGCGGGCCAGAAUGGAGGAGAAGAUCAAGAAUGACCUGCAGGGGUUUCUGGACGAGAAACGACGCGAGCACAAGCUGCUGCAAGAAGAGCUGCGUGUGUGUCAGCGGCAGCGUCGAGAACUGAGUGAUCGCCACAGCGGCGCUUCAAAGGCGCGCAUGCGUCUCCUCGUCCAGCAGACGCAGAUGAACCCGGCGAAGCGUGCCAAGGGCGACGGCGAGGAAGACGAUUUUGGCAUGCGCGAUUCAGACUGGCUCGUCUACUCCGAAAUUAGCAAAGAGCAGGACCAGUCGCGUGAGGAAAUGCUUCAGCAGCGAAUUGAGGACGUGGAGGCCGCGAUUGAGAAAUACGAUCCAAAUUCUGCAACCAACCGCCCCAAGACGAGGGAAGGUCUUCUGGAACAACUGCGUGUGUCGCGCCAGCUCUCGCUCUCCGUUGAGCGGUUCCAAUUCCCAGAGGUGCUGUUCCAACCGCCCAUGACCGGUGUUGACCAGAGCGGUCUCGGCGCGUGCUUUGAUCUCGUGCUUCCAAGAUACGCAAAGGACGUGCAACGAACACUCGCACAGAAUGUGUUUGUGACGGGCGGCACUGCCCAAUUCCCUGGAUUUCAGCAGAGGAUUCACAAUGAAUUACGCCUCAUUCGCCCCUUUGAAGAACCAAUCAAAAUCUUCAAGGCAAAGGACGUGUCGCUGGAUGCGUGGCGCGGCGCUGCCGUCUUCGCAUCAUCAACAGACAAUCUCGAAAGGUUCACGUUGACGAAGGCGUUGUAUGAGGAGGCGGGGCUGGGAUACUUUGUGGAGCAUUUCGCCAGCAAUCGGCACUAUCUUCCCCUGCAAUAAACAAUGCGGCUGUAGUUGUUUUGCAGUGUCUCUCACGCAUUGCACUGAGGCGUUCAUGUUGAACAAAACGAAA